AAAUAUAUUCUCAUCUUCACUUCUUCUUCUUCAAAUCUGCUGUGUCUUCUUCUACCUCACUCUAUUAGCUACUACUUGACCAAAACUUUUCACUCUCCGAUUUUUACAAUAUACGAUGGAAGCUGCAGUCAACAUGUGUUCUACUUCUUCUUCUUCAGAAUCUUCUUCCUCAGAGUCUUCAUUCAAUAAUACGCCAAGAAGCUCAAAUAAACCUGAAAGGAUCAAAGGUCCAUGGAGUGCAGAGGAGGACAGGAUUCUUACUCGUCUUGUUGAGCGACAUGGACCACGAAAUUGGUCUUCAAUUAGCAGAUAUAUUAAGGGUCGUUCAGGUAAAUCAUGCAGGCUCAGAUGGUGCAAUCAACUUAGCCCAAAUGUAGAGCACCGUCCAUUUUCUCCAGCUGAAGAUCAGACUAUCUUAGCUGCGCAUGCUAGGUACGGUAACCGUUGGGCCACCAUUGCUCGGUUGCUUCCAGGUCGUACGGAUAAUGCUGUCAAGAAUCAUUGGAAUUCUACGUUGAAGAGAAAGGCAAAAGAACAGCAACAUCAAAUGAUGAUAGAAAGUAAUUUUGAUCACAAUGAAGGGGUUAUUGUCGCUGUUGAAUCAUCAGCAGGAUCUAUUAUGCCGCGAAUGGCAGUACAAGAGGAGGAUGUGUUGACUGCGUUGACUCUUGCGCCGCCGGGGAUUGGGGGUGGUAGCGGUGGUGAUAGUGGUACAAAUGGUGGUGGAAUGGUGGCGGAUAAUAGGGCAGAGAGUUUGCCAUCUGGGUUCUGGGAUGUGAUGAGGAAUGUGAUUGCAAGGGAAGUGAGAGAGUAUAUGAGUUCUAGUUUAAAUGAGACAAGUCCAGGUUUUCAUUAGCUUAAAGAAAAGAAAAACAACAAUGGUUGUUUUUGGGUAUGAUUAAUUAAGUUCUCGGUGUUAAUACUAUGAUUUAAUUAUUUCAUUUUCCUAUAUAAUAAAUAAUUGUUCAAAUGUGAAAGGUGAUGAGUGCCUGAAGCGGAUGACUUCAAACAAAUUAUUUAACUCUUUUGUUACACAGCCUGUCGCCAAUUGAAAAAAGAAGAGAAAAUGUCCUCUUUAAUAA